AAUCAAAACAGCAGAAGAAUUUCAAAAAGAAAAAAAGGUUAGUCUUCCUUUCCAGCCCUCGAAUCCUACGAGCUUGGACAUAAAUGCGACAUCUCUUAUCCUGAGAAUGCAAAGAAAUGGUGGAGAAAUUACCUAUCGAUUUGCAACUUGAAAUUUGUAGUUAUGCCAUCGGACAGUUUGGUAACGAACCUUUUGUGUUUACCGCCAUGACAGUAAACAAAAAUUGGGCGUAUUUUGCGUGUCAAGUACUUUACAGAAAUUAUCGAAUUGAAAACUAUCUGAAAUUCAGCAGUUUUGUUAAAACUAUCACUUCACCCAAUGCGCUUUUACCUUAUGGCUACUUUGUUCGGUCAAUCGACUUGACGCCUAUUAAUAAGUAUGGUAUUGAUAUGAAAGCAUCACGGCUUUUGCGAUGUUGUCCUAACAUAGUGGAAAUGCGAUUAGGGCAUCCAACGACGUUACGGCCAGAGACAAUACAGAAUAUUGCAGAAUACAACGAUAAAUUACAUACCAUUUAUAUGGGAGGGAUAGAGUCUUUUCCUUUUAUGCUAGAAUGUGAUUUUUCACGUUUAAGAAGGCUACGGCAUGUAACACUGGAAACAACGCCUCUGUUAACAGAAUCUUUAAUGUCGCUUCCUAGCGAGAGCCUAUUAUCGCUAUGUCUCAUUAAAAUGGACGCCAUCACACCAAAUGAACUAUACCAAUUCUACAAACUGCAUCCAAAUCUACAAUCGUUAACACUUAUCAACUGUAGAGCAUUAAUGACACCCGAUUUAGGAGAAAUUCUAUCCAAGAUGCUUUUAGUUGAUAAUAAUAUGGGUGGCAAAUUAGCUCUAUUACAUUUAGAGGGGCUGCAAAUAACAGAUAAAGUGCUUUUAGAUCUGUUUAGGACAACGACAUCAGGUGCUCAUCUAAAAGAAGUGAGGUUAUGCAACACUUCAGUUACAGAAGGUUGUAUUGACGCCAUUACGAACCAGCAAACUCUUCCAGUUUCAAUGAGUGACAAGCUCACGCUAUCAGAUUUUGAGAUUACCAAGUUGGUAUUAAUGCAGAAGCGUCAGUCGUAACAGAAAAUUUUGAUUUCGCCUACGUAAAGUGGUUGAGUAAGAUUUAAGCAGAGUGUAUAGAAUAUUAUCCGAUAAGUUCGUGUGUUGUGUAUCUAUAUAUCAAAGAUUAUAGUUUGUUCAACAGAAAUAAAAAUAAGCUAUCGUAUUUCAAAUCUUGGAUAUUUGUUUGUUUGAGUCUGGAAUACUAAGAUUUAAAAACUCGUCCGAAG